CAUGAAAUCUGUGUUAAACGCGUUUGUUACUUGUCAUCCUGCUUCAUGUAACACUAGCUAUGAUUUGAAGUUACAGCUAUUUUAAAAAUUAUAAUCUUAGACAGUUGCGUGUAACAACAGAUUGAGAGUAGUGACUACAGUCCCACUGAUGAUUGCAAGAAGAUGAUCGAUAAGGAUCAAAUUACUGGUAUACUGGUUGAAUUGAUGAAGAUUAUUUGAUAAUUUAUUACAACUCGAACAAUGGAAGGAACCUUGCUGAUUUCAAACAUCAAUUAUAUUAUUUUAAUUGCAUGUCUAGUGUGUUUAGCCGUGGAUGGAUUUUCCAUAACAAAUGACAACAAGGAUUUACAAGAAAAUUCGCUCAAUUCGUUCGACAGUCAAAAAUUUGGUAAAACAGCUUUAAAACAACUUGGAAAGAUCGCAACAAUAAAAAAACACUCGAUGAAUAAGAGAGAAGUGGGAUUUAAUAAUUACUAUGAAAUUUUGGACGCAUUGAAAAAGCAGGAGUUUAAAAGGGCACAGGAAAUAUACAAGAAAAAUAAUUACGACACCCUCUCGUUGAUUCAAGAAAUGUACGCCAAUGAAGAAAUCAGUUUUUCAAAUAUAUUAAAAUUUAUCAUUAGCAAUUUUUCAAUAAACAAACGUUUGCUCGCUUAUAAAACAUUGAGCAAAAUAGUAAUAAAUUAUGACUCUUUGAAUCAAUCAUUGCAGUUAAAAGAAAACAUACGCAAAUAUAUUAUCGAUGAUGUUGAUUCAAAUAUAACAAUAAGAAAUCAAGCACAUGGUAUUUUAAGUUAUUUAGACGAUCGCAUUAAGUCAUUAGUCUCAGAAACUCUUAUAAAUAAGAUAGAAAAAGAAACAUACACAAGUAAAGACCAAUUUGAAAUAUUAAAUAAAGUUUAUCUUAAUGACGUAAAUUUAUUUCACAGCAUUAUGAAAAAGGUUGUUGAUAAUGUUUACGGUAAAGUGUCAAAUAAUUACUUAUGGUUGGUACUAGCAUCUCAAAGUUAUCCACUACAGACAAAAAUUUGUUUUGAGCUUUUAUGGGACAAGAUGAAAAGAAACGGCGAUAACCAUUUAAAUAUGAACACAGUUGAUAUAUUAUUGAAUAUGUACGCCGUUCAAGAGAGAUUAAGGCUCAAUAUAAGCCUGCCUGACAUACAAAACGAAGCGCUUGAUUUAUUCCUAGAUCACUUCUUGCACUAUGAGCAUACAGAAGAAGAAAUAGACACAAUAUCUAAAAAAAUAUGUGAUUUCGACAAUAGAAUUUUUGACAACAUUAUUUAUUCUUUGAUUGAAAAUAUGGAUGGACGGAUGGGAAUAAUUUUAAAAUGUUUUACCACUCGUAAAUAUUACACGCAUUCAAUAAUUGCUUACAUGGCUGUAUUUAACUACAUGAAGAGCAAAAAUGCUCUGAAAAUAGCCCCUGUGACAGUCAAGCCUUUAUUAAUAAUGCAAGAAUUUUUUGAAAAUUUGUCUUCUGAAGAAAACAUAAAGAAAGUUAAAAAAGGAUUGAGGAUCAAAAUAGAAAGUAUUAAAAAACAGCUUCCUGAUAUUAAAAAGGAAAUGAUUAAUACUAUUAAAAACUCUAUAAAAAAUGAUAAUUACGAUUCUUCUGAAAUUCUUAACCUAACAAAUGAAAUUUGCACCUUUAAUAUGGAUAUUUUUCUAAAUAUUGUUAAACACGUCAUUGAAGACUUGUACGCAAAUGAAAAAGUCGAAAAACUAAUUGACUACUCCAAAUCUCAUUUAUACAUAGAACCAGAAAUUGUAUCGCUCACUAUUUUGUUUGACAAGUUAAGCUCAAAUAAUAGAAAAUUUGAAUUUGAAUUUGCUAAUGCGUUUAAAAAUAUCAUGUCAUAUCCCAAUCUGAAUUUAGUCAGUUAUGAAUUAAUUCAACGCUUGAAAGAGUACAACAUGAAAUUGAAUCCUUCGAUAAGGAAUGCAGUGUUUUUGGAUAGAGUUUGUAUUAAAAAUAUCGACAGCAGAGAAUUUUUAUACGCUUCGAGCUCAAUCUACGACCAUAACAGAAGUGUAAUCACACAAAAUCUGAGAUCAAACGAUGUCGGAUCUGAGUGGAAAAUAUUAAAGGCCAAUGAAUAUGAAACUUUCAGAAUCAAAAGUCUGAAAUACAACGAAUAUCUUUACGUCAAUCGAGAUGAGCUAAACCAAUGCCACCAAGUUUUUACCUGGACCACAGGUGAACUUUUAAAAGAAAGCAAAUGGAAAAUGAUACCAUUUAAUGACAGCGUAAUAUUAAAAGCUGUUCACUCUAAUGAAAACUUACAUACUCAGAAUAACGAAGAAGGAAAAAUGCAUAUUGCGUGUACAUCAUUCCUUGAAAAGACAAGAUUUGCAAAAUGGAAAAUUGAAGAGUGCAGAUAAAAAAUAUAUAUUAUAAAAUGUAUUGUACAAAUUAUUUAUUAAUUAUU